AUGCUCUUAGCCCCAUCUUCUUUCUUCCCAAUUUGCCCUUCCUUUUCCCCUUUAUUACCCUAAAUGCCAUUCCUUCUGCUCAUGAUUGGGAGCCUGCAGAUUUUGGUAUGUUGGUGUCAUUACAAAAGUAAAUGAACAAUUUUUGAAGUGAAAAAGUUCCUGAUGAGAUGAAACCAUCAUGAAUUUCAAGGUUCUUCAAUCUCUCCCAUGGCGGAUCUUGAACAACAUAAGAAACACCUUCAAUCCACAGCCAUGAAGAGGACCAGUGAAUGGAUCUUUUCCCAAGAAAUUCCAAGUGAUAUCACAGUUCAUGUUGGGGAAGCCUCCUUCGCCUUGCAUAAGUUCCCUCUUGUUUCAAAAUGUGGGCACAUAAGAAAACUAGUAUCAGAAUCAAGUGAUGCUGAUGUUACUACAAGUAUUGAGCUCCACGAUUGUCCUGGCGGGGCCGAGGUGUUUGAGCUAGCUGCCAUGUUCUGCUACGGGAUAUUGAAGCUCUAGCUGUACUUCUUGUAGCGGUACGAGGCCACCGCAGCGGAGUAUCUCGUGAUGACGGAGGAAUACGCCGUUGGAAACCUUGUGGGGAGAAGUGAGGCUUAUAUAAAUGAAGUUGCACUCAAAAGCCUUUCAGGGGCAGUGUCUGUUUUGCAUAUGUCUCAAUCCCUUCUUCCAACAGCAGAGAAGGUCAAAUUAGUGAGCCGUUGCAUUGAUGCUAUUGCCAUUGUGGCUUGCAAAGACACUCAUUGGUGGGCUGAGGACUUGACUGUUCUAAGAAUUGAUAUCUUCCAAAGAGUUCUUCUUGCAAUGAUGUCCAGAGGCUAUAAACAUUACUCUCUUGGUCCUGUUCUAAUGCUGUAUGCGAAGAAAUCGCUCCGUGGCUUGGAGGUAUUUGGGAAGAGGAGGAAGAAAAUUGAGGCAGAACAAGAAGAAGAGCAUGAGAAGAGAGUUGUAUUGGAAACAAUAGUGAGUCUUCUGCCAAGGGAGAAAAACGCGUUAUCGGUUAGCUUUGUGUCGAUGCUCCUCCGUGCAGCGAUAUAUCUCGAGACGACGGUUGCUUGCCGGUUAGAUUUGGAGAGGAGAAUGGGUGCAGAAUUAGGAGAGGCUGUUUUGGAUGAUCUUUUGAUUCCAUUAUAUGCCUUCACUGGACAUACAUUGUUUGAUGUUGACACUGUUCACCGGAUCCUCCUCAAUUUUGUUGAGUUUCAACACAUUUCAUUCCCCUCAUCAGCCGAGUUUGAAAGAGUGGGAAAAUUAAUGGAGAAUUAUAUGGCUGAAAUUGCCUCGGAUCCCAAUUUAUCUCUCACAAAAUUCAUUAAUCUUGUUGAACUUGUUCCUGAACACUCAAGAGCUACAGAAGAUGGAAUCUAUAGGGCCAUAGAUAUCUACUUGAAGGCUCAUCCUGGUUUGAGUGAUAUGGAAAGGAAGAAAGUAUGCAGUUUAAUGGACUGCCAGAAGCUAUCAAGACAGGCGUGCGCUCACGCCGCACACAACGAUCGUCUUCCCGUUCAAACCGUUGUGCAGGUGCUAUAUUACGAGCAGCAACGGCUACGAGAUGUCGUGAAUGACGGUGUCACCAGAGUCGAGUUGCCUCCAGUUUUAGAUGAGCUCUCCAUUUUGAGAAGGGAGAAUGAGGAACUGAAGGUGGAGGUUGUCAAAAUCAAAAUGAAACUGAGAGAGUUUGAGAAGCCAUCCAUUAGCAGUUCACAAACAAACACUCAACUGCAGGCUGCUGCUGAGAACCCUCCACCACCCAAGAAAUCAUUCAUCAAUUCUGUGUCGAAGAGGCUCGGUCGCCUCUACCCGUUCGUCCGUGCCGAUGGAGUCGCAUCGAACUCGAAAGGCCGAGUCAGGCGAGCCAAGGACCGGCGGCAUUCAGUAUCCUGAGCCAGCCUUGGAUUGUUUCAAAACCUCUUUGUUUCUUAGUGUUUGUAAUAAGAUAAAAGGGUUGAGAAUUAGUGGGGUCUGAAUCUGAAUAAUUGAAUCUCUUUCUA